GAUAACGACAUAUUUUAAUGAAACAUCAUGGAUAAAUCCCUCAGAAACCGAUACGAUAGUGGGUGAGGAUCCCGAAGUGGAGUCACUUUUAUCAUUAGUUGUUGUUGGUAAAGCAUUUUCCUAUCUGUACUAAUAUUCUUGUCAAUUGCCGGAAAUAUACUCGUCUGCCUUGCUAUCUAUACAGAACGCAGUUUGCGUCGUAUUGGGAAUUUAUUUCUAGCAUCAUUAGCAAUUGCGGAUUUAUUUGUGGCUUCGCUGGUGAUGACAUUUGCUGGAGUUAAUGAUUUGUUGGGUUAUUGGAUUUUUGGUGCACAAUUUUGUGAUACAUGGGUUGCCUUUGAUGUAAUGUGUUCAACGGCGUCCAUAUUAAAUUUAUGUGCAAUAUCCUUAGAUCGUUAUAUACACAUAAAAGAUCCACUGAGAUACGGUCGAUGGGUGACAAGACGUGUAGCUGUCGUCACCAUUGCUGCCAUUUGGCUAUUAGCCGCCUUUGUGUCAUUUGUGCCAAUCUCAUUGGGAUUGCAUCGACCCGAUCAACCGUUAAUAGUAGAGGAUAAUGGUAAAAAGUAUCCAACGUGUGCAUUGGAUUUAACGCCAACGUAUGCAGUUGUAUCCAGUUGUAUAAGUUUCUAUUUUCCAUGCGUUGUGAUGAUUGGUAUUUAUUGUCGACUUUACUGUUAUGCUCAAAAACACGUCAAAUCCAUCAAGGCUGUAACGAGGCCAGGUGAGGUGGCGGAAAAGCAACGUUACAAAAGUAUACGACGUACCAAACCCCAAGAAAAGAAAAAGUUUAAAGUACGCAACCUGCAUCAUAGUUCACCGUACCAUGUGUCGGACCACAAGGCUGCCGUGACGGUGGGCGUCAUAAUGGGUGUAUUUCUCAUCUGUUGGGUGCCCUUCUUUUGUGUCAAUAUUGUGGCUGCCUUUUGUAAGACAUGUAUUGGGGGACAAACAUUUAAAAUACUCUCAUGGUUGGGCUAUUCAAAUUCCGCCUUCAAUCCCAUAAUCUAUUCGAUAUUCAACAAGGAAUUUCGUGAUGCUUUCAAACGCAUCCUAACGACACGUAAUCCCUGGUGUUGUAAUCAAGACAUUGGCAAUAUACAUCCACGUAAUAGUGAUCGUUUUGUUACGGAUUAUGCCUCCAAACAUGUGGUGGCCAUGAACUCGGGUCGUUCGUCGGCUGAACUGGAGCAGGUGUCUGCGAUUUGACCAACAAAACGUACCAGCGAUUAUGCCUCAUCAUUAGUAUGUUGUGUAUCCGGCUCAGCAGAUGCGACUUCACUAACGAUUACACCGUAUGGUCCCUGAGAUUCGGUAACAGUGGCAUCUACCACAAUUGUUGUAGAGACACUGGACACAGCGACAAGAACGGGCGAUAGCAAGCAAAUGGAAACAGUAUUAGUUUAGAAUAAAGCAACAAAAACAACUCAAUUGGAAAACUGAAAAACUGCAAACAACAAAAACACCGACUACAUAUUAAACUAAACAACAACAAGAUACUAUUUACAUGUGUAUAUACUAGUAAAUAACAGACGCCAUUUACACUACCACUACUAUAACAACUAUAAGUUUUUUUAGUAACACACACAAAAACACAGCAAUUAUCCUUCAACAUACUUUUCAACACGCACACAAACAUACAUAUUGUAUAUGAGCAACUGGAUUACAGGGUGAGCGUUAAACAAAUCAUUAUUAAAUUUUUAUUUAUAACUUUAAGUAGUUAAACAAAUAACUAACAAAAUUUAUUUAAAUUUCUAAAGCAAAUUUAAAUUUAGUUUAAAACAAAGCGAAUUAACAAUUCCAAAAAUACUCUUUAUUAUCCUUGUCAUAUC